AUGCUGGACUCUCAGACAGCCGAUGAUGAGGACACCCUUCCUGUUUUGAUCGGUUUUCACAAGCGUUCAAUCUCGCUGGACUCUCAGAACACCGAGGACAAGCUUGAAGAGCUUCGCAAGAAGUUUGUCGGUGAAAUUGACCUACCUGAAAAUAUGGUAAAUGUACUAUGGACAUUCUUGCAGGCAUCUCAUCAAGAUUUGCACAGUAUUGGUCGUUGGCUCUCUGCAGCUGACAACCCAGAAGAUUCACACAAUAUUGGUCGUUGGCUCUCUGUAGCUGACGACCUGGAAGAUUCGCACAAUAUUGGUUGCACCCAGGACGGCACAACCACUGGUCCAAUGCCGCAACAAGCCUGGAUUGAUGGUAUCCCUCAACUUUCUGAGCCUGCCAUCGCUUCCAAACCCACUUGCUCCCCAUUGACACUUACAUCAAGGAUUCCACCCACCCCGAAUACCUCUUUGAUGCCAUGGAGACUACCUGGCCUUAUGUUCUCCAACGAGCGCAUCAACCGUGAUGAGGGUAUCUCUCUCAUUGACAUUAUGCCCCAGCAGGCUCCCCAUCAUGUCGUUCAAUCUGAUGCGUCUGAAUCGGACUUCGACGAUUUGGACUCUCCAUCUCUUACAGCAGGGAUCUCAUCAACUGCUAGUCGUCAGUCAUCUGAAACAGUCUCCAACAGCCGCAGGCAACAGUCGCAUGGGGACGUUGAGAUCGUUCGGCGCUUGCAGUUGGAAAACCAGGCACUCAAGAACGAUAACCGUACUCUGGGCGAGAAGAACAAGACUUUGUUGUCUAAUCAACGCCGGUGUUCAAGUGGUCAAGUCCCAGAUGAGCUGAAAGUUUUCGAUGUCGAGCUCUCAACCUUUUCCCGCAAGUACAAAAUUGUUGCGGAGAUGUUCCCACCUGAGCAUCAUAUCCUCAAACUCCCUGUGCUGAACCAUCCACCUGCAAUCAUAUCCAGGAAUCGCUAUGCCAGCAAAAGUGCUGAAGAGCUCGGUCUUGUGACUGAGCUAUACUCACUUCUUCCAGACCAUCUCCAUCAGUUUGUACCGACUUCGCAUUUUCAAUUGUUGCUAGAACAACAACUUCAAGGCGGUCGCUCAAGCGAAAUCGGCAAGUUAAGGGUGAUGGCAGGUCGAAUAUUCAGUCUCAAUCCAUCGUACUUCGACAUUGGUUUUACAAACCAGGACACAAUCCCUGAAAUCCAGAAGAUGCUCGGUACUGGUCCAGGUAAUCAUUCAACAUUGUUGAAGUUCCCACCCGUCCUUUUUAUGAGGCAGGAAAGGGACCCUACGAUGUCCACGGUUUUUGGAAAUUGGGAGCCGCUCUCAAAGGCAAUCAGGAUCGUAAUGUUUGGGAAAAAUUCGCUAGAUAUUGCUGGAUGGCCUCGUGCCAAGUGCAACGCUCGAAAAUGGGGCAUCACCUCAUGCACCCCUGGUCUUCUUGCCUGGGGUUGGGUGGCAUUAAUCUUCAUUCUGUCCCCCGACACUUCGUUCACCAAAGACGGAGUUGGCGUGAAGUCUCAUCUACCGUAUGCGGCAAUGUUCGCAGCCUACAAACAAUUGUGGGUGACGCUUUGGGAAGAGCCACGCAUUCUGUCGAUCUGCCGACAAAUCGAUCGCCAUGUCUGGCAGUCAACAUCAUCUUCCAAUAUCGUGACUUCAGACGCUGAAGGCGAGGAUUUGACAUCCGAUCUAAUGCGCUUGGCCCUUGCCAAUGCAGGGCACGAAGAUCGAGAAUCAGACUCUCCGACUACUGAUGGUCACCGUGUCUCUCUGGUUCCCCCCAGUUCACCGACACUCGCUCUGGCUGCACCACCUGCCUUUCCCCUCACUGCACUAGCACCAGCCAUCACCCCUGCUGUCGAGACUACUGCCACUGUAACCCCUCCUGCUCCAGUUGCGCUCGCGGCUGAUGAAAACCCCUCCAGUUCCUAA